GAACUUCAUACCAUGUGCUGCAUACACCGUGAACACCUGCUCAACAGCCACCAGGAGCUCCAAGAACUGACCCACCGCAUCCAAACACUAAAGAUGGAAAUUGGAAAGCUCAAGAAAAAGAACACCAGGCUGCAGGAAACCAUUGCUGAUUCUGAGCAACGUGGUGAUUGUGCCCUCCAAGAUGCCAACGAAAAACUUCAUGACUUGGAACAUGCCCUUCAGAAGGCCAGAGAUAAGUUCACUCGACUGCAACGAGAUUUUCAGGAGCAGCUGAAUAACCAACUGGCACUAGAGACUGAGAUUACCAUCUGUAGAAAACAGCUGAAAAGAAGGGAUUGCAGGUAGAUGGAACACAUGACAUAUAAAGCUCAAACCUCCAUGCAUGACGAUGCCACCAUAGGAUGAAUAACACACUCUCGUCCCACCGGCACUGGUGUUACUACACUAGCAUCUCUACCUAGGAGAGUGAUGGGUUUCUGGGGCUAGAAUCACCACAGGAUUUUUCUGUUACAGGUUCCUGCCUACCCUACUGCCCUGGAGCACUCAGCAGGAUUUUUAAAAAUUUGAGGCGAUAGAAUCCAUAGAAACUCACUCUAGCCAGGAUAGCUAACUGUAUGAUGAUGAGGUAAACUGCCAGAAAACACAUGAUUUGCUUUUUUACAACUGAGCAAAAAUAAAUUUCAUUGGGGGGGUCGGGAACAACACAUACAGCAGAGAUAAAUACUAACUCUUAACCGGGAGUUGUGAGAUGUUAGGUUAGCUCUCCUGGAUGUUAAAUCUCCCAAAAUAAUAGACUUGAGGACAUC